AUGAUGCACCCCUCCAGACACGCCUACAUCGAGGAGGCCGAAGACACCGACAUGGGAAUCGACUUGGCCAACAUCCCAGUCGAUCAAGACUAUGAGCUCCCUGCUUCAGCAGCAGGCAUCCCCGCCGAGCGCGCGUCCGCCAUUCUAUCCCAAUUCGAGCGGAAACGGCGAGCAGCCGCUACAGUGGUCCCGACAGAUGAUGCCCGCGUGCGCGCACGGUUACGAGAGUUCGGCGAGCCCAUCACACUCUUCGGCGAAGGCCCUGCGGACCGACGAGACCGGUUGCGCGAAUUAUUGACCGAUCUGGCGGAACGGCAAGCGGGUGAAGAUGAUGUACAGAUGGAAGAAGCAGAGGAGGAACCGGAGGAGGAAGAACAGCAGGAGUUUUACACAUUGGGCACGGAUGAAUUGUUGGAGGCGCGCAAGGCCAUUGCUCGUUUUUCUUUGCCACGCGCCAAGGCCCGUGUCGCUCGACUGAAGGAGGAUUCAACGAUUUCGCUACGAACACAUGUGAAGUACCGCAAAGCGAUUAAGGAGAAGCUACAGGGAUUCGAGCUGUACGGGUCUCAGAUUGCAGGGGAUCGGCCUGUCAGUAUCUGCCGAUUCGCGCCGGAUGGGCAGACUGUUGCUGCUGGAAAUUGGGCCGGUGGAAUCAAGCUUCUCACCGUACCGAACCUGGAGGAGAAAGCCAACUUCAAGGGCCACACCGAUCGCGUCGGAGGUCUGGCAUGGUUUCCCGGGGCGACUCUACCCAGCUCCAACGUCUCACCAUCGUCUGUGAAUUUGAUCUCGGGAGGCGGCGAGGGUAAUGUGAAUCUCUGGGCUCUCGACCAAGAAAAGCCGCUCGCCACGCUCUCUGGGCAUUCUGGGCGCGUUUGUCGUGUGGAUGUGCAUCCGUCCGGACGGUACGCGGCAUCCGCAUCUUUCGACACCACCUGGCGCUUGUGGGAUGUUGAAACAACGGCCGAAUUGCUUCUACAAGAAGGUCAUUCCAGAGAGGUGUACGCAGUAUCAUUCAACAACGACGGCUCCUUACUAGCAAGUGGUGGCCUGGACAGCAUUGGGCGGAUCUGGGAUCUUCGGACGGGGCGCACCGUGAUGAUCCUAGAGGGCCAUAUCGGCGAGAUCUACGGAUUGGAUUGGGGCGUGGAUGGCUACCGAAUUCUCUCCGGCUCAGCGGACGGCUGGGUGAAAUGCUGGGAUCUUCGACAAGUGCGGAAUAUUGGAGGUAUUGGCGCGCACAAGAGCGUCGUGUCCGAUCUGCGCUGGUACAAAGGCACCGAAUCGGCUGCUUCGCAUCUGCCAUCGGCCGAUGGGAAUGGCCAGAUGGAGAUUGACGGCGCUGCUCCGGCUGAACAAUCGUCGGCCGUUCAACCCAGGAAAUCCGGCACGUUCUUUGCGACCAGCGGGUUCGACAAGAAUGUGAACAUCUUCAGCGCGGACGACUGGUCGCUAGUCAAGACGCUGAGCGGGCACUCGGGCAAUGUGCUCAGUACAGAUAUCAGUAACGAUGCCAAGUGGAUUGCCAGCUGUGGCCAUGACCGUACGGUGAAGCUCUGGGGCAUUGACUGA